AUGUCGAACCCAGAAAUGUCGGAAUUCUCUGGAGUGCAAGCUACAUCGAGCCCAAACGACUCGGUAUCGAAUGUGAUCCAACGGGGUCAAGCACAUUUAAUGCGUAGAUUAGAUUCUCUAAAGAACGCUAUCCAAGCCGCUAGAGAUACGGAUUCUUCAUAUGUAGAGGAAUGGACGGAACGAUUAAGUGUGAUAGUGUCCGCGUUCGAUACAAAGCACGCGUCGUUGCUCGAGACUGUGGAUGCUGCGCAGUGGGAAGCAGAAGAGAAGCGGUAUGAGGAGUUUGACCGGCGUCGCUGCGAAGUAUCGAUACUUAUAAAGAGAAGUGGAGCAGAUUUGUGUGCGUCCAACACAGAAACGCAGCAGCCAGGAGUGUCAAACUCCCGAUCCAAGGUGCGUUUACCUGAGAUUCCGAUGCCCAGUUUCAAUGGUGCCUGGGAAACGUGGCCAACGUUUCGGGAUUCGUUCGUUAGUAUGAUCGACGGGCAUCCGAAAUUGUCUGAUGUAGACAAGUUAAUGUAUCUAAAGCGCGUGGUGACUAAGGAAGCAGCGCAGCUGAUCGACGCAGUAGAAACUACCGCGGCGAAUUAUAGUGUGGCUUGGGAGCUGUUAAAAGAUCGUUACGAAAACAAAAAGGUGUUAGUGCGUCGCUAUCUGAACGAACUGUUCGCCAUUGCACCGUCAAAAAGCGAAAGCUUCGAGGCACUCACCAUUUUGAUAGACAGUUUCGAACGGACCAUCAAAAUG